AUGGGUGGUGGUAGUGAGAAUAGCACGAUUCCAAUCGAUAGGCUGUACAAACUAUUACGAAACAUGGCAGAUAUUCAUCCCGGUCUCGUUUUCAUUAUUCUUGUUUUUGCGGUACCACUCCAGUUCUACCUAUCUCCUUCAUCAAGUUCAGAAAUCAAGUACUAUUUGCAGAGGCUCACCGAUACUGUGAUUCGUACUACCGAAAAGUUUGGCUUUCGUCUGCCGUUUGUAUAUAUAAGGAGCGGUUAUCAAGAAAAGAAUGCUCCUGAAUCAAGUGGCGAUGAUGCUGUUGUGGACGAACAAGAGCGCAAAGAUUCAGCUUCGUAUGGAAGUUCACUGGAGGUACGAGAGCGAGCUCCGCAUGUGCGGUGGAGAGUGGGUCAAGUCGUCAAGCAUAAGGUACAUGGUUAUCGAGGCGUAAUAAUUGGUUGGGAUUUAACAGCUAAAGCUUCGAAAGAGUUCAUUGAACGAGUACAUAAGGACAACAACGAGUUGGUGAAUAGUCCAAACUAUGCUAUUCUGAUAGAUGCUAGAGAUCGUCUGAUUCCCCAACUCGGUUAUGUUGCUCAGGAUAACAUUGAGUCCUAUGGAGGACGAAUAAUGCACAAUUUGCUCAAUAACUACAUGGAGAGAUAUGAAGAAACUGAGCAGAAAUAUGUACCGAAACCAUGGUUGAGGCGGAUAUACCCCGAUGAUUGA